UCAGGUGUGUAAUGUACUAAAAUGGUCCAGUAGAAGAACAUACAGUGCUAAAAUCGAGAUGAAGUGUCUGUGCUGAUGUUCAGGUGGACUUUCUCAUUGAAGACUUUUGGGCAGACUUCAGGAAAGGAAGCAGUCCAGCUGUGAGCCUGUGAAGACUAAAAUUUCUACAAUGGAGCUUCAUAACUCCAGUGCAGAAGGAACCUCUGACACAAAGGUAAAGAACGUAGGAUCUCCAGAACCCAGCUGUGAGUCCAUGAAGAGUGACCAGUCCCCAUCUGACUACCCUGUAUUCAGCAGUCUGGGAGAAGAGCCCAGCUGUUUGUCUAUGAAGAGUGAUCAGGCCAUUGAGAAUCCUCCUGGUCUUGGCUGUGGAGCUGUUCCCUCUGAUCCAGAGUGGUGCCCCAUGGAAGCAACUCUACAUAUAUAUACUCCGUUGGAAAGAACUGAACACCUCCAGCAGGAAUUUAGCCCACCAACAGAUGAUAUUCUAUACAGAGUCUUAGAGAGACACAAAACUAGCUUGAAGAACAAGUAUGAGAGCUUGUUUGAAGGAAUGAAAACACAAGAGAACAAAACCUUCCUGAACAGAAUUUACACACAGCUCUAUGUCACAGAGGAAGAGAGUGAAGGAAUGAAAGAACAACAUGAAGUUUUACAGAUGGAGAAAGCACCCAGGAAAAGCCUACCAGACAUUUCAGUCAACUGCUUAGAUAUCUUUAAACCUCUACAAGGUGCUGAAGUAGAAGUGGAAGAGAACAUUAAAGAACAUAAGAAGAGAAAGCUCUAUAAGGAGAAUAUGAAAGCUAUUUUCAGAUUCAGAGGUCUCAGACACAAAGAUAGAAAAGAAAACAAAGGACCAAAAGUGCCAGAGCUCAGAAGUGUGUUGACUAAAGGCAUUGCUGGCAUUGGAAAAACUGUCUCAGUGCAGAAGUUCAUUCUGGACUGGGCUGAAGGAGAAGCCAAUCAGGAUGUAGAUGUCUUGUUUGUGCUUCCAUUCCGGGAGCUGAACCUGAUUAAAGACAAUCAAUACAGUCUUCAUGGACUUCUGUGUGACUUCCAUCCUGAGCUCAAAGACCUUGACAGAAAUAUAUAUGAUGUGUGUAAAGCUAUGUUUAUAUUUGAUGGUCUGGAUGAAAGCCGAAUUCCACUGAACUUUCUACAGUGUGAGAAAGUAUCUGACAUCACCAUGACAUCAUCAGUGGAUGUGUUGAUGACAAACCUCAUCAAAGGAGAGCUGCUUCCCUCUGCUCUAAUCUGGAUAACCUCCCGACCAGCAGCAGCCAAUCAGAUCCCUCCUAAAUACAUCAACCGUGUGACAGAAAUUCAGGGAUUCAGUGACCCACAGAAGGAGGAGUACUUCAGGAAGAGGAUCAGUGAUGAAGACCAAGCCCAGAGAAUCAUCUCCCACAUUAAGACAGCGAGGAGCCUCCACAUCAUGUGCCACAUUCCAGUCUUCUGCUGGAUCUCAGCCACUGUGCUUCAGAGAAACAUGACACAAAGUAAAACAGAAAUCCCUACAACUCUGACUGAAAUGUACUCACACUUCCUGUUUACUCAGAUAAACAUGAACAAUGAGAAGUAUGAAGAUGAAAAUGAGAGAGACACAAAUAAACUGCUGGAGUCCAACAGAACCAUUCUUCUGAAACUGGCUGAACUGGCUUUUAAACAGCUGAUGAAGGGCAACGUGAUGUUCUACGAAGAAGACCUAAGAGAGAGUGGCAUUGAUGUCACUGAGGUCUCAGUGUAUUCUGGGAUUUUUACUGAGAUCUUUAGGGAGGAAUGUAAGCUUUAUCAGAAGAAGGUCUUCUGCUUUGUUCAUCUAAGCUUUCAGGAGUUCCUGGCUGCUAUUUAUGUGUUGUACUGCUUUGAGAGCAAGAUAAUGGAGGCACUGCAUGUUUUCCUGCAUGAUCAUUGUUACAAUGAUGAGAGUAGAGGCGGUGAGACUUCUGACAGAAGCAGCUUUGAGACAGAUAAGCACAGAGGUGAAUCUGAGAAUGUUCCACUGGAUAGACUGUUGAUGGGAGCAGUGCACAAAGCUGUAGAGAGUCAGGAUGGACAGCUGGAUCUUUUCCUCAUUUUCCUGCUGGGCAUCUCACUGGAGUCCAAUCAGAGACUCUUACAGGGCUUGCUGACACAAGCACAGAGUAAUUCACAGAAAACCUUAGAGUACAUUAAGGAAUUAAUCAAAGGGGAAGGUAAACAACAUAUCAUCUCCACUGAACAAUACAUCAAUCUGUUCCUCUGUCUGUCUGAAAUGAAUGACCAGUCUCUCUCCGAUGAGCUUCAGGAGCAUCUAAAAUCAGAGAAACAUGCAGAUGACAAGCUCUCUCCUGGACAGUGUUCAGCACUAGCCUGCAUGCUUCUGAUCUCAGAUGGGAUGCUGGAUGAGCUGGACCUGAAGAAGUAUAACACCUCAGAGGAGGGUUAUAAGAGACUGAUCCCAGCUGUGACUGCCUGCAAAAAAGCUAUAUUAGCUGACUGUGAUCUCACAAUGGACUCAUGGGAAACUCUGUGUUCUGCUCUACAAUCAGCAAACUCCUCUCUGAAAGAGCUGGACAUCAGUAACAAUGAUCUACAGAAUUCAAGAGUGGAGCUGCUCUUAGCUGGACUGAAGAGUUCACAUUGUAAACUGGAGAUACUCAGACUAGCUUUCUGUGAACUUGGGGACAAAGCUUGUGAAAAUCUGGGAUCAGCACUCCAAUCUGCAAACUUCUGUCUGAAAGAGCUAGAUCUCAGUAACAAUGACCUGCAGGAUUCAGGAGUGAAGCUGCUCUCAGUUGGACUAAUGAGUUCACAAUGUAAACUGGAGACACUCAGACUAGCUCUCUGUAAUCUUGGAGAAAAAGCUUGUAAAAAACUGGGAUUGGUGCUAUCAUCGGGAAACUCCUCCCUGAAAGAGCUGGACCUCAGUAACAAUGACCUGCAGGAUUCAGGGGUGGAGUUGCUCUCUGUUGGACUGAAGAGUUCACACAGUAAACUAGAGAUACUCAGACUAGCUCUCUGUAAUAUUGGGGAAAAAGGUUGUAAAAGUCUGGGAUCAGCUCUACAUUCAGUAAAAUCUUUCCUCAAAAUGCUGGACCUCAGUAACAAUGACCUGAAGGAUACAGGAGUGGAGUGGCUCUCUGUGGUACUGAAGACUUCACACUGUAAACUGGAAAUACUCAGAUUGUCUGGUUGUAUGGUUACAGAUGAAGGCUGUUGUUCUUUGGCAUUAGCUCUGAAAUCAAACCCCUCCCAAUUGAGAGAACUGGAUCUGACCUAUAAUCACCCAGGAGAUUCUGCAGUGAAGCUGCUCUCUGAUCGACUGGAAGAUCCACAGUGCACACUGGAGAAACUACAAGUGGAACAUGGAGGCAAGAUCAGAAUGAAACCAGGACUAAAGAAAUACGCCUGCGAUCUCACUCUGGACCCAAACACAGCACAUACUCGUCUCUCUCUAUCUGAUGAAAACAAAAAGGUGGAGCGCGUGGAUGAGCGGCUUUGGUAUCUGGAUAAUCCGGAGAGAUUUCAAUACUGGGAGCAGGUUCUGAGUGUGGAGAGUCUGACAGGACGCUGUUACUGGGAGGCUGAGUGGAGUGAAAGUGGAGCUUAUAUAGCUGUCUCAUACAGAGAGAUCAGCAGGGAAGGAAACAGUAGUGACAGUGGGUUUGGACUCAAUAAACAGUCAUGGAGCCUGUAUUGCUCUGAUGACAAGUACACUGUCAGACACAAUGGAAAGGAAACUGUUAUAUGUGCUGUUACCCACCGCUUGCGCUCCCGCUCCAGUAGAAUAGGAGUGUAUCUGGACUGGAUGGCCGGCUCUCUGUCUUUCUACAGCAUUUCACCUAAUACAAACAAACUGACCCACAUACACACACUCUACUCCACAUUUACAAAGCCCCUAUAUGCAGGCUUUAGGGUUGAUUAUGGCUCCUCACUCCGUGUGUGUCACAUUGAAUAGGUUUGGCUAGUAACUGGUCUGGGCGUUUGUCUCCUGAAUCGUGGAGGGCAAGAUUCAAGAUUCAAGAGUUCAUUGUCAUAUGUGCAGAGAAACAGACAUUUACACUGCACAAUGAAAUUCUUACACUGCACUUCCUCCUGAACUAUGAGUUACUGUCCAAACAGUAUUUAGACAGUAAGUACUAAGUGAAAAAAACACAAAAUAUAGAAGAAGAGUUAGAAAAUUAUGUUUUUGGUCUAUGGGUGCAAGGUGAGUCCAAAAGGCCUGUGUUAGAAACUAUUCCGUAAUGUGGUGGUUCUGUACAAUGUACACUAUAUGGACAAAAGUGUUGGGACACCCACAUGUUACACUUACAGGAGCUUUAAUGACGUCCCAUUCUAAAUCCAUAAGCAUUAAUAUGGAGUUGUUCCCCGCUUUGCAGCUCUAACAGCUUCCACUCUUCUUGUUGGAAAGUGUCUGUGGGAAUUUUUGCCCAUUUAUCCAGAAGAGCAUUUGUGAGGUCCGACACUGAUGUUAGACAAGAGGACCUGGCUCACAAUCUCCGUUCUAGUUCAUCCAAAAGGUGUUGGAUGGGGUUGAGGUCAGGGCUCUGUGCAGGUCAGUCAAGUCCUUCCAGUCAUGCUGGCACAGAAAACGUUCUUCCCCAAACUGUUCCCAGAAAGUUGGAAGCAUGCAAUUGUCCAAAAUGUCUUGGUCUGCUGAAGAACUAAGACUUCCCUUAACUGAACUAAGUGGCCUGGGCCAACCCCUGAAAAACAAACCCAUGGCAUUAUCCGUCCUUCACAACUUUACAGUUGGCAUAAUGCAGUCAGGCGAGUAGCGUUCUCCUGUCAUUCACCAAACCCAGUCUCGUCCAUCAGACUGCCAGAUAAUGAAAUGUGAUUCGUCACUCCACAGAAUGCGUUUCCACUUCUCCAGAGUCCAGUGGCGGCGCUUUACACCACUCCAAUUGUGGAAACCCACUUCGUGAAACUCCUAACAUGCAGUUCUUUUGCU